UCAAUCUUAAUUUCAUUAUGGUGGUUAAAAUUGCAGACCAAACUCUAAAGCCUCUGAGUAUGAAGAAAUCGGUGGGCGUAAAAAGUAAAAAGGUUAGCACCGAUAUACCUAAUGAUCUUCUCUUUUCUAUUUUGUCAAAAUUGUCUCUUAAAUCUUUGAAGCGUUUUGAAUGUGUAUGCAAACCAUGGACCCUUUUGCUUAAAAACCCUGUUUUCACGAGAUUGUUAUGUGACAAUUUCUUACAUAAUUUCGAUAGUUAUUAUCAUGAUAGAUCUCUCUUUCUGAGUCAUCUCAAAACUAUUAAUUUUGACACCAAAUUUGUGUUGUAUUCUUAUUCUGGUGAGAGGUAUGAGAAUAUGACCAACUUAAAUUGGCCAAAUCCAUUUCAAGAAGAGGAUCCUAAUUUUGAUAUUUUGGGAUCUGGUAUUAUUAAUGGAGUUCUUUGUCUAAUUAGUUGCUCUCAUCAAAGUAUAAAAUUUGUAUUAUGGAACCCAACUACUGAAGAAUUCAAGGUUAUUCCUAAUAGCCCUUUUGAUUUCUUUGGAGAUAGAUUUGAAAUUAAUGAACGUGGUUUUGGCUAUGAUUGUGUUGGAGAUGACUAUAAGGUGAUCCGAGAGAUAACACUUGAUCUAGAAAGUGACUAUGUCACUAAGAUUGCGUCAUUAGGGAAAAUAUCUCAUAACCCCUUUUGGGAGAUAUAUAGCUUACGAAGUAACUCUUGGAAGAAACUUAAAUUUGAUAUCCAUCAUGAAAAGAUAAACAAAGGAGUCUGCUUGGAUGGAGUGUGUCAUUGGUUAUGUGAAAGAAACUAUAAGGAUGAUAAAGGUAAUGAAAUAUAUUUGUUGUCAUUUUAUCUAAACGAUGAGGUAUUCCUUAUUACACCCAUAGAAGAUCCUACUUUUCAAUUAGGGACUACAGCAAAAGAGUUAUGUGUGUUAAAUGGGUUCAUUGCUUUAAUCUCAACAAAUGAAGACAUGGUCUCUCUUCAAAUAUCGAUUUUGGGUGAACUUGGUGUUAAAGAAUCAUGGAUUAAACUAUUUAUUAUUUACCCCUUGCCUUACAUUGUCUAUCCGAUCGGAGUAGGAAAUAAGGGUGAUAUAUUAUUGUUAAAAGAGGAUAGAAAACUCAUCUCUUUUAAUUUAAGCACGGAACAAAUUGAAGAACUCAACUUUGCAGGAAAUCAUUUUUGUGGUACGACAAUACUCUACAAAGAAAGUCUUCGUCUGAUUUUGGGUUAGGAAACUACUCAAAGUGUCCUCCAAAUUGUGUAUCAAGAAACAAUUUGAUAUUGUAUGACUUUAGUAAUUUGAUUUUGAUGUUUUUAUUUCAUCUUAUAUUCUAUAACUUCAGUUAUAUUUCAGUUGAUAAGCAACAA